AUGGUAGGCCAUCGCCGUCCCCCCCACCGCGGCAUCGACAUCGGCAACGACCUUGACCGCGGCCCCGGCAACAACCGCCAACAAUUCCACCAACAGGUCCACAUCCCAUUCCACAACCCAUUCCACAACAUGUUCCGUGGCUUUGGCGGCGGCGGCCCACCCUACCUCGGCGGCUACGACCACCGCGGCGGCCACGACAACCAGCGGGCCAACAGGGCGCGCUUCCGCGCCCAGCAAGAAGCACGGAAUUACGGGUACGAGCUUGACUACGACGGGCUGGGCGACGUGUUUGAGGGUCUAGACUUAGGCGGUUAUGGCGGCGGCUACGGCGGUGGAGGAAGGAGAGGCUACGGCGGCUUCGGUCCCCCAGCUCCCCGACGGCACGGCUUCGGGGGGUUCGUACGACCGCGUAGGCACGGCGGGGGGUUCUUUGGCGGUGGAUGGGCGGGAUUUGGGAGGUCGGCAAGGUUGCCUAUUGCGCAGGUGCCUCGCGGGGGAUUCGGUUACUACGGCGGGAGGGAAUAUGCCAUGGACGACGACUUUGGCGACGGUUAUUCCAGCGAGUCGGAUUACGAUGAUGACGACUAUGACGAUUAUGAGGAUAGGAGAGUUGGGUUUGGUCGCGCCGGUUUCCGGGCAAGAGAUCUGUUCGGUAGACGAAGGCCGAGGUGGUAG